AUGGCGGCCGGAGGGACCGGCGCGGGCGGGGACGGCGCCGGCGAGGACGGCAGCAGCAGCGGCGCCGGCGAAGAGAGGAGCUUGCAGGAAAUAAAGACUGCAAGGUAGAAGAAAUUUAUCGAGGUCAUUUGGGAAAUAUUCGUUGCCACUGAAGAUCCUGUAUCCGACCGUGUGUAAAAUGGAUGAAAAGAGCCUGCUGGAUCCAGGGUUGAAGGUUCACAAUGGAUUUCGAGAUUGUACUCUGAAGAGCCAGCAGGCGGAAUGCCUGAGUGACUGAAGAAAAUGGGUGCUAAUGCAUCUAACUAUCCCCAUUCAUGUUCCCCAAGGGUAGGGGGAAAUUCGCAGGCCCAACAGACAUUUAUAGGAACGUCAUCCUACUCUCAUCAAGGCUAUGGAUGUGAAUCCAAACUGUAUAGCCUUGACCAUGGCCAUGAGAAACCCCAAGACAAGAAAAAGAAAACAUCCAGCCUUGCCACCCUCAAAAAGAAAUUUAUCAAACGAAGGAAAUCAAGUCGGUCUGCCGAUCACGCGAAGCAAAUGCGAGAGCUCCUCUCAGGAUGGGAUGUUAGAGAUGUUAAUGCCUUGGUGGAGGAAUAUGAGGGAACCUCAGCCUUAAAGGAGCUUUCUCUCCAGGCCAGUUUGGCCAGGCCGGAAGCCCGGACAUUGCAGAAAGACAUGGCUGAUCUUUAUGAGUACAAGUACUGUACUGACGUAGACCUAAUAUUCCAAGAAACCUGCUUCCCCGUGCAUCGUGCCAUUUUAGCUGCAAGAUGUCCAUUUUUUAAAACGCUGCUCUCUUCUUCCCCUGAGUACGGAGCAGAGAUAAUAAUGGACAUCAACACAGCGGGGAUCGAUAUGCCCAUGUUUUCUGCUCUGUUACACUACCUUUACACGGGAGAGUUUGGAAUGGAGGACUCAAGAUUCCAAAACGUUGAUAUCCUGGUGCAGCUCAGUGAAGAGUUUGGAACACCAAAUUCCCUUGACGUAGAUAUGCGUGGACUGUUCGACUACAUGUGCUAUUACGAUGUCGUCCUGAGUUUUUCAUCCGACUCGGAACUGGUCGAAGCUUUUGCUGGAAAUCAGAACUGCUUAGAUGAAGAGCUCCGAGCUCACAAAGCUGUUAUUUCGGCCCGGUCCCCGUUUUUUCGAAACUUACUGCAGAGGAGGAUAAGGACGGGCGAGGAGAUCACGGACCGAACGCUGCGGACUCCCACUCGAAUCAUAUUGGAUGAGUCUAUCAUACCAAAAAAAUACGCUAAAGUUAUUCUAAGCUGUAUGUAUACCGAUGCGGUGGACCUCUCGGUUUUGCAUAGCAGCCCUUCUGUGGGGAGCCUCAGUGAGGUUCAGGCCCUGGUGGCAGGAAAGCCCAACGGGACGCGAGCAGAAGAAGCAAUGGAGCUGUACCACAUAGCGCUCUUCUUGGAAUUUAACAUGCUUGCACAAGGCUGUGAGGAUAUUAUCGCUGAGAGCAUCUCACUAGACACCUUAAUCACCAUUCUCAAGUGGAGUUCUCAGCCACAUGGCUCCAAGUGGGUACAUCGACAAGCUUUGCAUUUCCUCUGUGAGGAAUUUACCCAGGUCAUGACUUCUGAUGUUUUUUAUGAACUCAACAAAGAUCACCUACUUAUUGCUAUCCAGUCUGACUACUUACAGGCAAGUGAGCAAGAUAUCCUUAAAUAUCUCGUCAAAUGGGGAGAACAUCAGUUAAUAAAAAGAAUAGCAGACAGAGAGCCAAACUUGCUGAGUGGCACAGCCCAUAGUGUGAACAAGAGAGGUGUAAAGAGGCGAGACCUGGAUGUUGAAGAGCUUAGAGAAAUUCUUUCUUCUCUCUUACCUUUUGUCCGUAUUGAGCACAUUCUGCCUAUGAACAGUGAAAUCCUGAGUGAUGCUUUGAAGCGAGGCUUGAUAAGCACCCCUCCAUCGGAUAUGCUGCCAACAGCUGAAGGCGGAAAAUCGAAUGCUUGGUUACGUCAAAAAAAUGCUGGGAUAUAUGUCCGACCCAGGCUUUUUUCUCCAUAUGUGGAAGAGGCGAAGUCUGUGCUAGAUGAGAUGAUGGUGGAACAAACAGAUCUCGUUCGUUUGAGGAUGGUUAGAAUGUCCAAUGUACCUGACACACUUUACAUGGUAAACAAUGCAGUACCACAGUGCUGUCAUAUGAUCAGCCACCAGCAAAUCAGCAGUAACCAGUCCAGCCCUCCUUCAGUUGUAGCCAAUGAAAUUCCAGUACCCCGCUUGCUUGUUGUGAAAGAGAUGGUCAAACGUCUCCAGGAGCUCCGACACACCGAACAGGUCCAAAGAGCAUAUGCUCUUAACUGUGGAGAAGGAGCCACUGUCAGCUAUGAAAUCCAGAUUCGGGUUCUGCGGGAAUUUGGCCUGGCAGAUGCUGCAGCAGAACUUUUGCAGAAUCCUCACAAGUUCUUUCCUGACGAGCGCUUUGGGGAUGAAAGUCCGCUCUUGACCGGGAGACAAUCUGGGCGCUGUCGAGUGAACAGUACUCCCACUGCAGAAACCAUGUUUACAGAUCUAGACUCUUUUGUGGCCUUCCAUCCACCAUUGCCCCCUCCUCCCCCUCCUUACCACCCCCCAGCCACUCCCAUCCAAAGCCAGUUCAAAGUUGGUUGGAAGCAAAGGAUGCCCAGCCAGCAUCCUUCCCGUUCCUUUUCCUAUCCCUGCAACCACUCACUGUUUCACUCCAGGACAGCUCCUAAAGCCGCUCCUCCGGUCUACUUACCUGGUGUCAAAGCAGCACCGCCCGAUUGCACUAAUACCACCGGGCUGGGGAGACAGACAGUCGCCGCAGCGGCGGCAGGGAUGGCGGCCGAGAAGCCAGCGUGUACUCAGCCCGGGCUAAACGAACUCAUGCCAGAUAUCGCUAUGGGGGUGUCGACAAUGUCACUCAAGGACAGGAGGCUGCCCGAACUCGCCGUGGACACGGAGCCGAGCCAGCCGGUUUCCGAAGUCGGAUCGGGACCGCCCCCGCACGUGUCCUGUAUCCCGCCCAGGCACCCGCAGAGUUCCCGCAAGAAGUACUCAAUGGAGCAAAAAUCAGACGCUCGCGAGAAUCAGCAGGAAUAUCCAGAUUUCUACGACUUCUCAAAUGCCGCUUGCAGACCUUCUACUCCAGCUCCCACCCGACACCCCCCCUCACCCUCCCAAGGUAGAUAUUUCGGUCCAGAUCUGUAUAGCCACAGUAAGGCCUCACCGAGUGGCCUAAACUACCUGCCUAGCCAGAUAUCUCCUAAAAAGCAAGAAGAAAUUAGGAGAGAGUAUGGGUUCUCCCAAGACGGCCACCCCCACAGACAAAAGAACGAGCCAAUCCACCUCGACGUCGUAGAACAGCCUCCCCAGCGUUUGGACUUAGCUUUGACUGCCCAGGAAAAUUCUAGCAAUGGCCCGGCUCACGUUAGGGGACGAACAAAAAUAGAAACGGACCUGACGUACGGGCUGACGUCUAACAGACCCCCGCUCUCCGCAUACGGCUCUGAAGCUCAUGAAGAGAGGCCCAGUCGGAGACUGGCAGACGGUGAGUCCUUGGCACUCGGAGCACGGAGAAAUAGCGAUUUGGAAAGAGAAGAUUCAGUAAGCAGAGGAAGGAGGUCCCCCAGCAAACCGGACUUCUUAUACAAAAAGUCUGCCUUGUGAAAGCCGCUUCCAAGUUCUCUGUGCCUAGGAGACGUAAGACAUCCCAUUUUACAACUCUGGAUCUGACAGUGGUCAGACUGGUGAAUUAUGCCAGCCAUUAACUCAGUUUUGCUUUGUUUUGCUCACGUUUUUGUUCGUUCACGUUUAGUAGACGUAGCAUGCCUCGGGGCCAGGGGGUGGUUUUGUUUGCUUUUUUAAUUUUAUUUUAUUUUAUUUUUUUGAAUGCUGCUUCUGGUUUUAUUUUGUGCUCUGAGCAGUUGAGUUAAGAAAGCCUUUUAAAAAGAAAGCAGGCUGGCACUUUUUUAUAAAUUAAGUUUUUUUGCACCUGUACAUUUAUUAUUUAACCUGUAUUAAUUUUUGUAUCAAUAUGUCAAACUGUAUCACCUACAGUUAAAGGACUGUAUUUUCAUACUUUUACACUUUAACUUUCAUCAAUCAAUUUCCAUGUGCAGGGGGUUGCACACUGAAAUGUAUUUUCUUACGAGAUAGUUAUACUGUGUUUAUUUUUCAAUUAUUAUAGGAAUUCCAAAGAACAGCACAUCAAAAUGCUCCUCUUUUUCGUAGCUGUUUUAGUUCAGAAAUCUGCCUGACCAGUCUCUACUCAAAAGAAUCUGUUGGGGGUUAUUUUGUUUGUUUUUGGGGGAUUUUUUUUGUUUUUUUUCACAAAGUCAUGGGAGCUGGUGGCCUUUUCUCCAUCAAGCAUCCACUCAGGAUCCUUAUGUUUUCUGGUUUCGUUCGGAAUGUGAAAAAUCUUGUGGGACCUUAAAAAAUAGAAGCAAAAAGAAAAGGCCUUCUUUAGUCUGCCUGAAAUCUCUGGGUUUACCUAUAGUGGAGAUUUGGAAUAGAGUCACUGCAAAUUCAGGUAAUGCAGUUUAAACUGUGGUUAAAAUACGUAUAGAGACGAUCAAAUUCAUUCCAAAUUUGCAAGCCUUGGGAAUAACGUUAACUUAGAUUUAUGAAUCUGAGAUUAAUUCGAGAUUGGGAUGGGAAGGAGGAGAAAGGAGAACAAGAGAACUGCUAGUUGCUUUCAGUGGUCCUGCUGCCUAUGAGGGAAAAAAAAAUUAAGGGCUUCAGUGUUAAGAAUGACAUGAAAUGCUUUCUAAGCAUCUGUAUAUUAUAAGUGUCUUUAAUUGUGAUUAACUCAUUUUGAUGUCCUGUCAAGGAAAUUUUGGAAUUUUCAGUAGAAUCUGCUAACUGUGUGGUGCAUAACGCUUUAAGUCACCAAAAAAAAAAAAAAUCAGUUAUACACUAAAUGUCCUACUUGAAUUCCAAUGGAAAUACUGGUUUGGACAUUUUAUCUAUCGGUUGCAGCACAUGGGGAUAUUUUAAGAUUUCUCUAGGAGAACCAUGUGUGAGCUAAGGACUGUUUUUUUAACCUUCAGUGUAGAAAUGUAUUGGUGUUUGUGCUUUGUGCGUUAAUUUUGUAUUCCUUCCUCCCCUGCCCCUCACCCCCCCACCCCAACUCAUCCAAAAGUAGCACUUGGAAAAACAAAAAGGCUCCCUGAAUACCCCGUGCCCUAAAAACCAAGUAAAUCUCUGAAACCUAUACAUACCUAAACUAUGCAGGACUCGGGAGCCAUUUCAAGCUACCAAAUGAAUUAUAUACGCUUUCUUUUUUUAGAAAGUCUCUGUUGGGUGGCAACUCAUAUUCUUUUCCUGAUCAACUGUAGUUCCUCCUGAAAAAUUUUGUUUCCAACCAUUCCCUGUGGAUGUGCACUCAGGAAUAAUGUCACUGACCACAUUUCUGACCCCAACAAUGUUCUAGUCAGCUUAGUGAACACAGGUAAGACCCUGUGAGUCCUGUGCUGCCCUAACUGGUAAACUCCCUCCGAACUGUCUUUUACUGGUCAUUGUAAACUCAUUUCUCCAGAAUCACCCUGUGGUAAACCUGCCCUUGCAGGCUCCUUUCUGGUAUUCAGAAUCACUGGAAUCUCCUACCCAUUUGGGGGACUCUAAGUCCAGAGAUUAGUCGUCCUCACAGGCCUGAUUUUUGAAUCUGCCUUUCAUGGAAAAUAGGUUGGUUGAUGCCAGCCCAGUCUGUGAACUGUGUGUGUUACACCUGAAUCAGUUAUGAUCCGAUGUAAAUUUUCUGCCAAAAUAAGUUCAGGGGCGGGGGGAAUGCUUGUAGUACAGUUCAGAAUCUCAUUUCUCUGCCUUGUGAAAUAUCUUAUCCCCAUUCAGACUGUCGUUUAGGCCAUUGCUUUCGGUUCCACAAUUUAAAUUUAGCGUCCUCGUCCCCUCCAAAAGUAAAUUAUGGUCUGUGUCUAAUUGUAAAUAAUGCUUCCUCCUUAACAACUCAACUUUCUGGAGUUUGGUCAGUUGAAAAACUGGUUAAAUAUUGUUCUUCGUUUAGAGAAAAACUGCUUUAGAUCACCCUGUCUCACAAAAGGGUUGAGCAGAUGUAGCAGGUAUGUCUCAUAGGUUUAAGUAUUAGUCAUUUUAAUGAAUCUCCUGGGUGUAUGGUAAAAUAGGCAAAGUAGCAUAUUGUAUUUAGGCUUGCAAAUACCCGAUGAGCUUUUUUUGUGGUUAAAUGAUGACUUCGCCAUAAGAACUCUAAAAACAAAACAAUUGUAUACAUGCCGUGAGAGCUAGCGUUUCGCACGACACACAAACUCUAAAAAAAAAAAAAUGAUCGUG